CUAUCGGCACUAUCGACUAUUAGCCAGCAGGGAGUAAAAGCCAAAUAAACAGGGCAACAUGUUUUUAGAAACAGAGUGCGGAAUUUGCUACCGAACUUACAACGCGGGCUUGCGGUGUCCCCGUCAGCUGAGCUGCAAACACACGUUUUGUGAAAGAUGCUUGGCGACGCUCGCGCAGUCAAAAGAGAUCCCCGAUCCGCGGAUACAGUGUCCGCUGUGCCGACACAUCACGUCGCUGUCAGACGCGACGAUCAAAGACAAGCUGCCGGUAGACGAGGACAUUUUGGAGCGGUUGGUAAAGGAUGCCAGUUUGGAGGGAUUGGCGGAUGACGAUGAAGAGUGCGAGGAGCCGAACCAGGACGCAUCCUGCCCGCGUAAAGAAGAAAGUUCGCCCCCGAGAACUCCGAGAGGACGUCUGAUGAGAUCCAUCCGGCGCCUCUGUAAAAAAAUCCUAGGGGACGAGCGCAGAAACUGUAUGACUGAUGAGGAUUUAAGGGACCUGGCAAUGAUGUCCUGUUAUAUGACGUAAUCAAGACCAGGAUUUCAAGUUAUUGACCGUCCAAGACCAUUGUGAAGCGAUAAUGUUAUUUGGAAGAAUCAGUGGAACAGUUUGGAUGAAAUGAUAAGAUUGUGGUGCUGGAGAGGAGACGUGCUGUUUGUUUUUGGGCGGGACGCGUCGCCAUGGCAACAAAACGUUGAGAUCACUACAGCUCAACCCACGAACAAACAACAACAUAGAAACGCCGCGAACAUCUUUAAACUUUCUUCAGCACCUUAAAACUGAGCUCUUAUUUGAUGACAUGAACAACGCUGCCUAUUUAUUCUUCAUUCAGGAUUUUGUCAUUUUAUUGGUGCUGUUUUUGUUUGACACAAUCAUGGACAGUAUUCCUAAGGAGUCGUGUGCCUAUUUUCUCCAUUUAAUUUAUUAAUGCAGAAAUGUUAAAUGCAAACAACUGUCACUAUUUAUUUUAACGUAUUUAAUUAUAAAGAAAGUUUUAGUGUUACUUUUAUAUCAAAUGAAAACAAAGUACAUAUUUUCAUAGUCGUUAUAUAGCCUACUACAAGGUUUUAUCCAGACGAUUUAUCAUAAAUUAUCUCUUUUAAAUUAUUAUUUAAUAUUUAAAUUAUGUUUAUGUAUACUGUUGUUUAUACAAAAUAAAGGUUUGUAAUUUUAUAAAAA